GCUUUACAAGAAAUGGGAAAACGUACUGAAGCAUUACACUUUUUCGAUCAAAUGGAGCUUGAAGGCAUAAAACCAGAUUCUUCUACUCUAGAAGGGAUUGGCAUAACUGGAUUACAAGCUUUGUUAAAACUGCGAAAUACUUAUAAAGUAACGCCAAACCAUGCAGAUUUCAACACGUGUAUGGAUCAAGCUCUCAAAGAAUCAAAAUACAAUGACGCUAUGGAAAUUCUUUCAUAUAUGCAAGAAUCUGGUUUUAAACCGAAUGUUUCAACCUAUUCCAUAUUGAUGAAUGCCCAUAUCAGGCAAAAUGAUAUGUUUAGAGCCAUGGAAUUAUUUACUGCAAUGAAGAAUGAUAAUGUUGAACCUGAUGAUUAUAUUUACGCUUCCCUUAUUGAUGGUUUUUUGGCACAGAAUAAUGUUGAACAAGCUUUCACCUUAGUGGAUCAUAUGUUUGAAUCCAAGGUUAAGUUAAAUAAAAUGACCGUAAAUAGAUUAAUAGAUACUGCCUCAAAGUCUAAGGAUCCUAGAUUGGUUCAAAGAGUUUUUGAACGAAUAGAAAGGUUAACGAUACCAAACAAGGAUGCUUGUGAAAGAGUUCUCUGGCGAAUCGCUCAAUCAUAUGAUGUACCUGUAGUGGAAAAAUAUUUAAAGAUAAUGGACAAGCAUAAUCAUAUGAUUAAUAGAGAAACAUUUACUGCAAUAAUCACUGGUGCAAGUAAAGGUGGCAACUUACCUCAGACCAGAUAUUGGUAUAAUCUAAUGAUUAAACGGGGAAUUUCGCCAGAUCAUAUGUUACUUUCUAUGAUGAUAAGAGCUCACGCUGAUGCAAAAGAAAUAAAUAAAACUUUAUCAUUGUGGAAUGAUUUUCAUUACUUUAGUAUUGCGCCUGAUGAUGACGAUAUUAUGUAUGUACUAAAAUUAUGUGCAGAAACAAAUCAUUGGAGGGAUGAAAUCAGAAUUCUUGGACAAUUAAAGGAGUUAGGUUAUGAUGCUGAUUCAUACAAAGCAAAAAUAUCGGAACAACAACAAUCUAAUAACGGGAUUGAAACAAAGACGGACCCGGAUGAAGAGUAUUAUGAAGAGUACGGGGAGUACCUUAAAGCAAGAUUGGCUAAUAAGUCUGUUAUAAAGGCAAAGGAAAGGAUACAGAAAUGGGUUCGAGAUGUAGCGAAAAUAAGUUCUCAGAAAAUGGAUGAUAACGCUAAAAUUAGAGUUGAGCAAUGGACUCCUUACAGGAAACAUCCGUUACCAAUAACUGGACGAAAGCAACGAGGUGUUGAUGUCAAUGAAAUUGAAGUUGAUAUUAACGGAGCUAAUGAUCUUGGCUAG